CACAACUUCAAAACUUUGAACCAUCCUGCUACUACAAUUAACAUCCUUUAGCAUUCCUAUCUAAUAUCCCUAUUCUCUGCUCUCUGUCCAUUUUCCUUUGUUUUAACCAGUUUCGAGAUCACAAUGGAAAACAGCGAAAUAUCAUCACUACUUCCAAAUACUCAAAAUAAACCGUAUGGAAAGAAAGAAGAAAGAAAAGGAGAAGCGAACGAAGGGUCUUCAAGCACUAAUGAGCCCAAAAUCCCCAAGCCAACCAAGCACGAGCCCAAAAUUCCCGAGCCAGCCAAGCUAACAAUACAUUGCAUUGCUGAGAGGAAAGCAAGAUCUUUUGCCGUAAAUAUCUCUCCCGGUUGUUCAGUUAAGUUGGACGUGAUGACUAGCCGAACGGCAUCCGUUAUUGUCAAGCAGGCGCCGCAAGCCCCGAGAUGCCCAAAAAGGGACCUAGAAGACGUAGGAGACGAGAGUUCAAGAGGGCGCUAUUCGAAACGCCGUCGUCCCUCGAUACCCGAAGGACCGUUGUAUACUUUAGCCAAUGGGGAGACAGUAUAUUUGCCCAAGCUCAUGACAGACAUGCUCAAUAGUACCUGGUGCCAGCCGAAAAGUCGCUUGAGCUUCUCAUCACUGAAGAAUGUCAGGGUUGGCGAUCAAGUUGAGACAGAAAGUCUUGGUCAACGCCCAAUAGGCUUUGGAACAGGUAUUCAAGGUCUCCUUGUUACCGAGCAGAUGAUGGAAUUAUGGGAAGAGAUGAAGAAAGAGACUGGUUUGGGGUUUGCAAAAUGUUUGACUGGACCCAAAGGGGUCGGGAAGUCCUAUAUAACAUGGUUUCUUGCCGCUAAGGCAUAUGCUCACGGCUGGCCAGUUCUUUACAUCGCUGACGCAAAUACCCUUGCUGAUUGUCAGGAGAAUGUGAGGGCAUCAAGAGUGAUUUGUCAACGCUUCCUAGAUCUCAAUAAGGAUAUCUUGACUGCAAAAGAGCUCUCCACCAUGGCAAAUUGUGGGAGUGUGGAAGCUAUUGCCGAGUACAUAUUAGGAGACUUACUCCAACAACAAGGGAAAAAGACUCUCUUCAUUGUCGAUGAGCAUGGUGCUUUGUUUCCCGACAACGUACCUUCAGCAACAAGUAGGCUUCCUGUCCUGCGUUCUCUGGGUUGCUUCAACACUUGGACGAGUGGUGUAAAUAGUGGAGCGUGUGUUGUGUUCACGAGCACUGCAAAGUUUGAAAGGUCCGUCCUCAGGAAUUCAGAUUAUGUCGUUGAUGUCGGGCCUUUGUCGCAAGACACGUUCGAAAAACUGUUUAAAAUUGCCAUUGCUCGUUUCACUUUGACAACCCAAAGGACUCUCGACAGUCGUAAGGACGCUGUUAUUAAGGCUAUAGUGUCCCGCAUCUAGUCGCGAAAAAAUUUGGAAAAAACCUUAAUUUGUUGCGUUUUCACAUCACCGCAGUCACAUUGUUUAUGAAGCACUCAUGGCC